AUGUUGAGUAGCAAACCCUACCAAUGUCAGCGAUGCCCGCGGGCCUUUGCUCGUCUUGAACAUCUGCAACGUCAUGAUCGCUCACACACCAAAGAGAAACCCUUUACCUGUGUCCAGUGCCCCAAGGCUUUUACGCGCAAAGACUUGUUAGCUCGCCAUGAGCGUCUUUCCCAUGCGGAGGGCACUCCAAGUCGGGGUCCAACAACGCCGUCCCCCGCGCAUCCUAUCCUGGACGGGUUGGAUACCUUGGCGUCUGUGGUCACCGAUCAUGCACACUCGCGCCGUUCCAUAGGAUCUAAUGACCAGUUCUCUAGCCUAUCACCGGCUGUACACCGCACUCCCUUGAUGAGUGCGCAGCUGGCCAACCCUCCAACUGCAGGCCCCCCAAUUGCGGGGCCGCAGAUUGCAGGCCCGGACUUUGGCUAUAUUGGUGGCUUUGCGUCUGGCCACUAUGAAGGGAAUGACUUUACGUCCUUUUUGGACAGUGUGCCUCUGCCCAGUCAUCCAUUCUCGCCGGCUUACCAACCUCUUCCCUUGUUCCCCUCACUGCCAUUUUCUCCCGUUCCGGACUAUGAUCAGUCUUCGGACAGAGCGCCCUUGACUGCAACUACUCCGUCCACUCCUUCUAGCUCAGUUCUUCCUCGCCAUGGAGCUCAAUUGCCUUCGCUUCAGCCGGAAGGGUAUCAAACGACCCCCAAGGCGCGCCAGCCUACGGGAUUCGUACCCGUUACAGCGCAAUGUCGAGAAAAGUUCAUGAAUAUGUUAUCUGAUUAUGCUAAUGUUGUGCCGGAUCCAUCUCUUCCAUCCCGGCAUGCGCUGUCUCGGUGCUUAACUGGGUAUCUCACGGGGUUCCAUGAUCACUAUCCGAUUGUGCAUAUCCCAACCCUCGAUGUAGAGUCAAUGACCUUGCCGCUGUUUCUCUCGAUGGCGGCAUUGGGCGCGCGUUAUUGCCGUGAGCCGGAGACUAGCAUGCGUCUCUACCAGAUCGCCAAACCAGUGACACUAGAGCACGUUCGACGGGUCUUCCAAUGUGGCAAAAUGCCUCCUGUCAAUUUGGCCGAUGACACUGACACGCUGGAAACAUUGCAGGCGCUGUUGUACUUGACCUCGGUGUCGGCAUGGUUUAUUAACAAUCCUCCAUACCACGAGGCAUUGUCGAUCCGCAGUUUAAUGGAGAUGCUCCUCCGAAAUGGAGGACUUAACCGACUCCCUGAGAAUGACGGGACUUGGCACAGUUGGAUUCGGCGGGAAUCUGUGAAGCGAACGAGAUUAAUUGUCUUCUGUUUCUUCAACAUUCACACUAUUGUCUUUGAUGUUCCACCUGUAAUACUGACCGAAGAGGUCACCAUCGAGCUGCCCUGUACCGAACAAGAAUGGCAAGCUCCUCACGAGGACCUCUGGCAUCAUGAGCGCAUGAAAAGCCCCGGCGAACCAAAAUUCCAGAAUGCCCUCUGCACCCUGUUUGACAUUGAGCCAAAUAGCGACUCAGAGCAAUUCUCCUCGCUGGGUGGCUACGUGCUUAUUCACGCCAUCCUGCAAGACAUCUGGCUCAUGACCAAAGCAGGUCGCUUACCCGUCUCCCGACGAAACCGCUUUCACCCCUCUUCCAUCACAUCAACGCCCGAGCUCGCCUCCGUUGAACAAGCACUUGAACGCUGGUGUCAAUGCUGGGAGCGUAAUCAAGAGUCCUCAAUCGAUCCACUCAGCCCACACGGCCCUCUCUCCUUUACAUCAGCCGCCCUCCUCCGACUAGCAUACAUCCGCCUCAACGCCGACUGCGGAUCAGCCCGCCAACUGCAAACCUGGGACCCUGUCCAAAUUGCAACCAGUCUCCGCGAGAAUCUCUCCGUCCGUCGUGGCGACCGUCUCACCCGCGCUGCACUUCACUGCGCCCACGCCCUCAGCACCCCCGUCAAGCUAGGAAUCGGCUUCGUGGCCCACUCUCAGGUCGCACUCUGGUCAAACCAACACGCAUUGUGUUCCCUCGAGUGUGCCGUUCUCCUCGCCAAGUGGCUUGAAGCGGUGACAGUGCCUCAUCCAGAGCCAGCUUUGACGGAACAAGAAGCCAGGCUGAGGGAUUUCGUGUUGGAGAUGGUGAUGGAAGUGCAGCAUGGUGUGUCGCGGGAAUGGCUGCUCGCUACAAAUACGCGGCUCAGUGCGGCUGUUACCCGGCUAUGGGCGCGACUGUUCACGGCGGAUUAUAUUUGGGAGAUGGUUGCUUUGAUUGGGAGGUCUUUGAAUAGCUAUGCAGAUUUGUUGGAGCAGUAG